GUCCCAGCACAGAGUGACCCUCGUCUCACUGCAUCAUGCGAGCUGUUGUGCUUCUCCUGCUGGUGGCUGCUGCCAGCGCUAAAGUAUACGAUCACUGUGAGCUGGCCAGGACUCUUAAGGAUGCCGGAAUGGAUGGCUACCGUGGAGUUAGCUUAGCCGACUGGGUCUGUUUGUCCAAAUGGGAGUCCAGCUACAACACCGGGGCAAUCAAUCACAACACAGACGGCUCCACUGACUAUGGCAUCUUCCAGAUCAACAGCAAGUGGUGGUGCAACGACGGGGCGACGCCCGGGGCCAAGAAUGCCUGCAACAUCGACUGUUCAGCACUUCAGACUGACAACAUCCAGACAGCCAUCACCUGUGCCAAGCGUGUGGUCAGAGACCCCAAUGGGAUCAGUGCCUGGGUGGCCUGGCGCAAUCACUGCCAGAACCGAGACCUCAGCCCCUACCUUGCAGGCUGUGGAUUAUAACAGUAGAAAGUACACCUUCACAAAACUCCAGUACUGCUUGCCAUUUGCUUUCUAUACUCUGAAAAUUAUCUGAAAGUAAUAAACGCCUGUUGAUUUCUAGUUAUUAUAUCUAGUAUUCCUAGUUUCUAGUAGUUAUCAUCAUGUUUAAAAGGAUCCCUCUCUGACUACCAGAGUGUGGUGUUGCCAAGAAGGACUUAGAUUGCUGUCAUAUGAAAUAUCUCUUCUGUGUUGACAUUAUGCAUGCUAAUACUAAUGGUAAUAUGCCCCUUGAUAAUAAACUACUUAAUCUACAUUUUAGUAUUUGUUGUUUCUUGGGUAUGUAAUGCACUCAGCCGCAAACAACAAAUCGUGCUCAAGAUGUAUUUCUUGUUUCCAAUAGCCUAAACAAUUUGUGAGUGCAGUUUAUUAGCUUACACACCACACAAAAUAAAAACGUCAAGUAUUAAAAA